GCUGCGCAGGAGACCACUGGUGCCAGACUUCGAGUCUUGAGUCUGAACCUCGGUAGUAUGGAUAGCAUGACAUACGACACGUUCCUGACCUGGCUUGCUGAUGAAGGUGUUGCUAUGCUCAUUGCCACAAGGGUGGCAAAGUCUUCACAGGCCCUUUGGCAGCGCUUGGAUGCCCUCUUGCGGUCGCUGCCGCAGCGCAAUUGCAAAUGCAUCGCCCGCCCAGCAUCUGUUUCUCUCCGUGGAGAGGAUGUUGUGCAGCUCUUCGUGACGCGUUGUCUUGAGCGUCGCAAGCAGCUUGUCCUCACCUCACUGCACAGAGCUGAAGCUGCGGCCAGGGCGGGUGACAUGUACAAAUUAUUUCAAGAGGCUGAUGAACUUCAAGCCAUCCUUCAGUAUUUCAAAGAGGCGCAAUCGUCCGGUAAAGCAGUCCCAACCGGCUCAGUCCCCACGGAAGUCUGGAAGCUUUGCAUGCCGGAGCUACUCCCGAGGAUAGUUCAACGCCGUUUGCUCGAUAAAAUCCUGCCAGAGCUUGAGGGCACUGCGCAAUACGCGUACUUGCCAGGGAGGAGCACGCAGACUGCGCUGGCCCUAGUAGCUCAACACUGUCAUGAAGCCCGGACACACCUGAUGACUUCACGCAUCGAAGUGGGCGAUCGUAAGAAGGGUCGUAAAACUAGUAUCAUGGGAGCUGCGAUGCUGUCAGUGGACCUCAGUCUUGCAUUUGAUCGAGUUGGUCAUCAGUACCUGAACGAUGCGUUACGCUUUCUUGGCGUUGAGCCAGAUACCAUUGCACUCAUCAUCCUUUCCAUACACCGUGCCAAGUAUCAUGUGCAACAUGGGCAACAGGCCUCCAACUUUAACAUAUGUAAUGGUAUCCGACAAGGAUGUACUUUGUCCCCAUUGCUAUGGGUUUGCCUUACGCACUACAUGAUGCACAGAUUCGAAUUAAAGGCCGGCCGCGAAGCCAGAGAAAGCUUGAUUCUUUUCGCAGACGAUUUUCUUGCCAAGUUCAUUUUGCAUGACAUGCAGGAUGUGCACGCCUUGACCAUGCAUGUACGUGCGCUUUUUGAAACUCUUGAGGAGGCUAAUAUGACUGCAAAUCCGGAGAAAUCUAAGCUGCACAUCAAAGCUGUUGGCGUACCAAUGAAGAAGUGGCUGCGUGCUAGGACUGUCACGCACAAAGGCGCGAAAUGCUUGAUCAUCCGAACGCCCUUCACUGCAUUGUUCUUGCCGCUGUGCGACAGUCUCACAUACCUCGGAGCCGUUGUCUCCUAUGGUGCGUAUGAGGACCAGACUGCUGAGCAUCGUGUUCGCUCUGCUCAGGCCAACGUUGCUAGAUUAGCUAAACAUCUCUUCACACAGCACGGUAUCAGUCUGCGAGUGCGCUUGAGACUCUUUUUGACGUGUGUGCGCUCCUCGCUCCUGUAUGGUAUCACUUCUGUAGGCACCACCUCGAAAAGCCUCAGCGUUUUGCAGCGAUUUGAAGCCAAGCACGUCCGCAGGCUUGCCAGGUCACCGGUGCACAUGACUUUGGAGCGUACGCAGGACUUGUAUCAGCGUCUCCAGAUCCCCACCCUGCAUGAGGCUUUGAAGUCUAGGGCCACCAACAGCCUGGAGUCCUGUGAGAAGCCCUUUCUCUACCCCGGCAGGCACACUGUCACAGCUUGGUUGCAUCAAAAACUACACGAUCUUACAGAGUGCAUUCAGCUUACUCAGACUUCGCUGGCGAAGGUAACGCCAGACGGUACCAGGCAUGCCAUGAUCUUUACUACCCAGCUCACCACGGACGCUGAUAGUCCUGCCAACGAUGUCCCGCAGACUACUUCGGAGGCAGCGCUGGCUGAUUGGGUCGCAUUUGCUGAAGCACAGGGAAAACAGCUCAAGGACACAUGCAUCUUCUGCACGCAGUGGUCUCGGAUGACGGAGCCCACCCAGGCGGAGCUGGAGAUCGCAGCUCAGUUCGCGAGCGCCAUGCCGGCACUAGCGGCAGCCAAGUCAGCUCGCAGGGCGGAUUCGGAUGCACCAGCGGAACGCUCGAAGUAUCCCAAGACCGGACUGCCCAAGGGCUCACGAGGCAAGGGGUUGGGAGGUCGCAAGCAGUCGAGCUCCGACAAGACGCUGGCGACCCAGCAGCAGACGGAAGUGCUGACGGAAGAAAUGGUGGCAGAGCUUCUGACACUCCUCACGAGGCUCAUGCUGAAGCACGAGGACAUCCUAGCAGCUUAUCAAGCCGACACUUGCUACAUGCUGUACCUGGACACAUCAGGGGAUCUCUCCGUCACAGCCAACCUGUAUCAGGUCACUCAGACAUGGCAGACGAAGAAGCGCGACAGCCCGGAGUCCUUGACACAGAGCCUUCGAGUCACGCUGCUGACGGCGCUCUUCAUGGAGCUGCGCGAGCGCAUGAACAUGGCUCUCAAGGAGGACAAGCGCGCGACCCUCUCCAAGCACUCAUGGCUCAGCGAGUCCGAUCCGGCAACCUGGAGCUAUCAGAAAUGGGACCCGGCCACAGAAACCGUGGUCGUGGACGCGGGAAAGGUCGGCCUCCAGCACAAGGACGCGCUGCACAUCAUUCAGCGAGUGCUGCAGUUGAUUCCCGAGACAAUCCUCAUUCAGAAGUUCCACUCUACAAGGCCUCAGGCAGCGGAAUACAAGAGCAACGUGUUGCCCUUCAUGUUGAUGGUCAGCAAUCGAGGACCUCUGGCACAGGAGCUGUACGAACUCUUUCAGAAGCUCUCAGACCUCAGCGCGAUGAGGCUGAUCGGAUCGCGCAUUCGCCCGCAUCGUCAGCGCCGCCAACCUCUGGCGGUGACCUUGGAACAGCUGACAUCAGGACUGUUGCAGGCAGCCAGUCAGAGCAACAGGAAGGACGAGGACCUUUGA